GGCGGAGAGGCGAGUCAGAGCGCCAGAGGGAUCUGGAGACAGAGUGAGCCAAGCCAGGGUCAGGGCAGCAGUGGGUCCCUUGGAGGUGGGGCCAGUGGGACUGCAAUGGGCAAGGAGAUCGAGACCAUCUCCCUGGGAGAUGGAGGGACAUUCCCCAAGAAGAACCAGAUGUGUGCAGUGCACUACACAGGAAUGCUCCAAAAUAGAAAGAAAUUUGAUUCCAGAGACAGAAACAAACCAUUCAAGUUCAGAAUUGGCAAUCAGGAAGUCACCAAGGGUUUUGAAGAGAGUGCAGCCCAGAUGAGCUGGGGGCAGAGGGUGAAGCUGACCUGCACCCCUGAUGUGGCCUAUGGAGCCACAGGCCACCCCGGUGUCAUCCCUCCCAAUGCCACCCUCAUCUUUGACAUGGAGCUGCUCAACUUAGAGUGAAGGCAGGAAGGAACUGUAGCUGGAGAUGGCUGCUGCUCACCCUCCUAGCCUGCUCUGGCACUGGGACGGCUCCUCCUGCUUGGGGUUCUUGAUCAGUGUGCUAACUUCGCUGCCCCACGACCUUAUCCAUUCUCUCUGCCCAAGUUGCUCUGUGUUGGUCAUUGUUCAUGUGCAUCUUGGCUUGAGGAAACUUCGGUUGCACAUCAACAUUUCAGGUUGUAUGCAUGUAGUGAUGCAUGUAGUAGCCAUUCUUGGUCACAGAACACAGAUUUCUUGUUUGUACAAUCUACACUGCCUUACCUUCACUUAAGCCAGACACACAAGGUACUCAGACAUGAAAUGUACAUGGCGUACACAGAGGGACUUGAGCCAGUUGCCUUUGCUGUCACUUUCUCUCUUAGAAAUUGUUGGCUGCUUACUUACAAACUGUCCUCUUUGGAAAUGGCAUGUAAAAUAAAGGCUCUGUGUUUGACAAAAA